CCCGGCACAGCCUCGGGGGCCGCAGCCGACCCUCCCGGUCCGGGAGCGAGAUCCCGGGCGGACUGGAGCAGCAGGAGACCCAGCACCGACCCCAUCGCCCUCUCCCUGGCGCGGACCUAAAUCCUGACUGGAUGGCGCAGCCUAGGAAAUGCUGUCUUUCAGGGAUGUGGCCAUUGAUUUCUCUGCAGAGGAGUGGGAAUUGCUGGACCCUGGUCAGUGGACUUUGUACAAGGAUGUGAUGUUGGAGAAUUUCAGCAACCUUGUGUUCCUGGGACUUGCCUCCUCUAAGCCAUACCUGGUCACAUUUCUGGAGCAAGGACGAGAACCUUCAGACAUGAAGAGACAAGCAGCAGCUGCCAUGGAAACAGACAAAGAAUUUGGCAUAACACUUCUGUGGAACUCACAUCCUAUUAGAUACCAGAAAAUUAAUUUAAGAGUGAAGCCAUAUAAGUGUGAAGAAUGUGGCAAGGCCUUCCGUAUUCCAUCGUUACUUUGUGAACACAUGAGAAUUCACACAGGAGAGAAGCCUGUCAAUUGUGACAUAUGUGGCAAAGCUUUCAGAACUUCAUCAGCAGUUUCUGUACACAAGAAAAUCCACGCAGAAGAGAAACCCUACAGUUGUGAAGUAUGUGGCAAAGCAUUCAGAAGUCCAUCCGCAUUUUCUGUACACAGGAAAAUUCAUACAGGAGAGAAAGGAUACAAGUGUGAGGUAUGUGACAAGGCUUUCUAUAUUCCAUCACAACUUUCUGUGCACAAGAGGAUUCAUACAGAGAAGCCCUACCAGUGUGAAGUCUGUGACAGAGUCUACAGUAGUUCAUCGGGGCUUUUUCAACACAAGAAGAUUCAUAUAGGACAGAAACCCUUCAAGUGUGAAGUAUGUGGCAAGGACUUCUAUUUCCCAUCACGACUUUCUCUUCACAAGAGAGUUCAUACAGGAGAGAAACCCUACCAGUGUGAGCUGUGUGGCAAGGCCUUCACUUUUCCGUCAGGACUUUCUCUUCACAAGAGGAUUCAUACAUUAGAGCAACCCUACAAAUGUGAAGUAUGUGGCAAGGCCUUCUAUGUUCCAUCAUUACUUUCUCAUCAUAGAAGGAUUCAUACAGGAGAGAAAUCCUACAAUUGCUAAAGUAUGUGGAAAGACCUUCAAUUGUCCUUCACAACUUUCUUUACACAAGAGAAUUCAUACAUGAGAGAAACCCUACAUGUGUGAGGUAUUUGCAAGGUCUUCACUUUUCCACCAGGACUUUCUCUACACAAGAGUAUUCAUACAUUAGAGAAACCCUACCAGUGUGAUGUAUGUUGCAAGGAUUUCUAUGUUUCAUCAGUACUUUCUCAACAUAGACGGAUUCAUACAGGAGAAAGAUCCUACAAAUAUAAAGAAUGUAGAAAAGCCUUAAAUUGUCCAUUAGCGCUGUCUAAACACAAGAGAACUCAUUCAGGAGAGAACCCCUACAAGUGUGAAGUAUGUGGCAAAUCCUACAGUAGUUCAUCAGAAUUUUAUGCACACAAAAAUAUUCAUACAGGGGGGCUAGAGAGAUGGCUCAGUGGUUAAGGGCAUUGCCUGCUAUUCCAAAGGUCCUGAGUUCAAUUCCCAGCAACCACAUGGUGGCUCACAACCAUCUGGAAUGAGGUCUGGUGCCCUCUUCUGGUCUGCAGACAUACACACAGACAGAAUAUUGUAUACAUAAUAAGUAAAUAAAUAUUUAAAAAAAUAUUCAUACAGGAAAAACCCCUAGAAGUAUGAAGUAUGUGUUGAUGUCCCAUGCUGUGUCACUACUUAAAAGACAUGAGAGAAUUUAUAUAGGCAAGAAACCAUACAAGUAUGAGGCAAGGCUUCUAUGUUCCAUCAUGACUGUCUAUACCCAAGAGCAUUUAACUCACAUUCAACAUUCACACUAAAAAAAGCUUUCUAAGAAUAUUACAAAGAAUUUAAUGUUUGUUUGUUUGUUUGUUUUGUUUGUUUGUUUGGUUGGGGUUUUUUUGUUGUUGUUGCCGAGACAGGAUUUCUCUGUGGUUUUGGAGCCUGUCCUGGAACUAGCUCUUGUAGACCAGGCUGGUCUCGAACUCACAGAGAUCCGCCUGACUCUGCCUCCCAAGUGCUGGGAUUAAAGGCGUACGCCACCACCGCCCGGCAAGAAUUUAAUGUUUUGCAUCAACAAUGUAACAUCAAAAUAAUCACAUUUUGAUGUAGAGGAAUCCUGUAAAACAAAGGAAACUCAAAACUACACACAAAGAAAAUGAGAAAAUAAUAUAUACCAGAGAGUAUAAUAAAUACCAAUGGUAGGUUUUUUGACACACCUUCAUAUCAGGAUACAUUCUUUUUGAGAAGACGUACAGAUACAAAUAAUGUGUAAUGCCUUUAAAUAAAAUUCCAUUCUGAUCAACUCCCAGUGCAUUUAUGUUAUGUAGAAACCUACUCAUGACUUUGGCAGUAAUUUUGUUUGACAUAUUCACUCCAUAACCUAUUUUUUAAGAGCAUGAACAAUUUACUGAAGAUGAAGAUUGUUAUAGAAUUUUUGAUUAGAGUGUCUUUGCUGAGAUUGCCAUAUUUACUGUAAAACCUGUGUGUCCUUGUUAGGUGGUAACUCACUACAAACACCUUUAAUCCAAAAGCUUUGUCCUUGAAUAUUGUAAACAGGGUUAAAUAAAGUCACCUAAACAUCAAGAAAUGGAGCAAGAAAACAGGUCACAGGAAGUGAACGUAGGAUUAAACCAAGAGAGUAAGAGGGUGUAAGGAGGGCCGAUAGAUGCACAGGAGUAGAAGGGAGGGACGUUGGAUUUGAGUAGUCUAGUCUGAGAUGGCAUAGGCCGAGGGGAGUUGUUUUAGGAUAUCAGCUGAGGAGAAAGGUCAGGUGGGUGCCUUCGAUGCCCCCGCCCCCCGAGCUAGCAGACUAUGUCAUGUUCGGGUGAAGCUGGAAGAGCUGAGGCACGUAAAUACUCUGGAGUCAGCAGCAGUGCAGCAGACGGUCCAGAUGUCAAAACUGGACCUGUCAGGGUGUGUUUGGCCUUUUGUGUUUUCAGCCGGUCCAUCCUUGCUGUGCUGUUUCUUCUGAGUUGAAUCAGUUGUUGGUUGCAUGCCAGUGUGUGGUAGAAGUAGUCACUUGUUUUUCUGUUGUGGGAGGUCACAGUCACAGCUAAGGAAUUGCCUUGAGUCUCAUGUGAGUGUAAGGUUGGGAAAAAAAGGAAAGAAUGUUACAAUUUAAAUUUAUGAAGCCAUAGCCAACAUGAUGGUUAUAGAAGGAAACGUGAUUUCCAACAGAGCACAAAACGUUAUUUGUACCCCAGUGUACUCACAGUAGAAAGAGGGAAUUACCUCUGAAGGUUGUCCUCUGAUCUCCAUGUUUAGGCCCACACAUAAUGCAUACAUACAAAUGUACAUUAAAAAUAAAUUUCAAAUAUGCUUUUAAUUUGUGUUUGUGUUUCCUGUAGAUAAGGGGUGGAGAAUUAAUGCUAA